AUGUACCUCCCACGGAACCUCAUAGCGCACCUCUACCAGAACCUUAUAAAACGAACACACGCCGCCGCCCCGCCUGUCCUCCUCCUCGUUGCCCUCGAACCAGACGCGCUUUGUGCGUGUCGAAUCCUCACCGCGUUACUCAAGCGCGACUACAUACCACACAAGAUCCAACCCAUUGCUGGCUAUGGCGAUCUAUCACAUGCAGCAGACAACUUGGUGCGGCCCAUGCGGACAACAGAGGGUGGCAGUGGGGGCGUUGUUGUGUGUUUGGGUGUAGGAGGCAUGAUCGACAUGGAAGAGAUGCUGGGCAUGGAUGUUGAUGAGAACGGCCAGGGUGGUACCGGAGAUGUCGAGGUCUGGCUUCUCGAUGCGAGACGGCCGUGGAACCUGGCGAACGUGUUCGGCACCCCACUCGGCGAGGACUCGACCACAGGGGAGCUGUUACGGCGGCAACCUGGGGUGGAGAAGGGUAGGAUAAUGCAAUCGUACCAGGGUCCAAGAGGGGGGAUAAUUGUUUUCGACGAUGGCGACAUCGAGGAAGAGCUCCAGGCAGAAAGAGCAGCCUACUGCGGGCUCGAGGAGAUGCCUGAGGUUGGAGAAGACACAGGCUCAGAUGACGAAUCGGACGACCAUGACGAGGAUGCACCAUCUUCUGGUCAGCCAACAAAGAAGAGGAAGUCUUGGAGCGACAGAGAGGAUUCAGACGAAGAAAUGUCCGACGACGAGCGGCCACGGCAGAGGUUAAGAAGUAAUUCGGGGGGUUCAAUACCAUCAUCCCCAGAUCCAAGACCAGCGCGGCGAGGCCUGAUGAUCGAAAACCAGCUUGGUGGAUCGUCUGACUUUUCGCGAUCAGACUCACGUAGCCGCUCAGCAUCUCCGUCGAUAGUGGCGCCAAAAGCCCAGUCUGUCAAGAGCUUACGGAAACAGCUCAUGACAAUGCGAAACAAGUACACCGGCGUGCUCGACAAAUACUACCAACUCGGCGCCUCGUACGCUGAGCCCGUCUCCUCUCUCGUUUACGCUCUGGCAUCGGAACUCGGUCGCGAAGACAACGAUCUCCUCUGGAAUGCAAUAGUGGGUGUCAGCAGUUUGGAGCUGUACGGGAGAACAGGCAGCGGCGUUGGCCUAAACCCUCUCUCUGCAGCUGGUGGCUCCGCAGGAUGGAACGGCAACCGAGGAGAACAGAUCAGAUCAGUCUUCAGGGACGAAGUGCGCCGUCUCAACCCCGUCACAGAUCCUCAAGGUGUAGCUCGCGAUGCGAGCCUGGGCGACUCGAGUGGCGUUAUUCCCACAAGUGCACGCUCAGCAACAGACAAGUCAAUACGACUGUCACCUGAGCCUCGCUUCCUCCUCCUACGGCAUUGGUCUCUUUACGAAAGCAUGCAACACUCGCCCUACCUCUCGGCCAGACUUCACAUGUGGAGCGAGCAAGGGCAAAAGCGACUGAACAAGCUGCUGGCGAAGAUGGGCGUCUCUCUUUCCGAAUGCAAGCAGAAUUACACACACAUGGACAUGGAACUCAAGCGCGGGUUACGAGAACGACUACUGAAGUUCGCGCCGCAGUACGGCCUCGACGGCCUCGUUCCACCACCACCACGAAGCGGCGAUAUGAAGGAUGGCUGGGGCUUUGUACGCUGCUGGGGCUGGAAGGCCUGUCUCUCCGCCGUCGAUGCUUCCGUAAUCUUAGGCGCCAUUCUCGAGGUUGGGGACGCGAAGUCCCUCUCCCAAUCUUCCUUCGAACCCACCAAUUUUGUCGGCACAAACGACCACGGCGACACCACCGCAGCAGCCACACAAGAAGAACAAGAUGAGGCACAAGAACACAUUGCCUCCCGGUUCUGGACCGCCUACGACGCCCUCGGCCAAAUCGACAAGCUUGUCCAACACAUCUCCACAGCCCAGCAUCUCCAUCGCGCCAUCCUCCGUACAGGAACAGCACUUAUAGAAAAGAAGCAGAUCAGACACUUGCGAGCCUUCCGGAUGGCCGUUGUCAAAGAAGGACCGGACGUUCAACUCUUCACACAUCCCGGCGCACUCACCAAACUCGCACUAUGGAUAGCCGAAGCAAUCGUCGAGCUGAACGGCACGAAGGGCAAGAACCGCGGUUCGGAGCUGGUCAUGGCCGGUCUCGAUGACAGUCGAGGAUUGUACGUUGUCGUCGGUCUAGGCGGUGGCGGUGCGACCGAGUCCGCAAAGGAAAGACUGCAGAAACGAGAGAAGAAGGCGAAAGAGAAGGAGGAGAUGCAAAGAAGGAAGGAAGCCGAAGUAAAGAAGAAGAGAGAAGCCAAACGCCAGCGGCUCGAAGCCGCCGGCCUAGAUGAGGAUGAAGUCGAAGACGACACCGAGGAAGAGGACGACGACGAGUCAGAGGAAAGCGAGAGCGAAGACGAGGACGACCAGAAGUCUGGAUCAGGGCGCAACAGGUUCGGCAACGCCUUCCAAGAAGUCGUGCGCGAGACCGGUGCGAGAGUCAGGAUGGACAGCUUCGAAGCCUGCGUCAUCGAGAUCAGAAAAGAAGAUCUCAGCGGCUUCCUCGAGCGCUUAAGUAUGAAGGCUGUUGUUGGGUAG